CCUCAACUCAAGACGACGACAGACUGCCACAGUGUUUCCCGUUUCGUUUGCGAAGAAACAGAUGAUGCGUUCAAAACCUCCAGGAGUCAAGAGAAGAACAGUGGCUGUAAUGUUUGUUGAGCCAUCGGGGUGGACGCAUGUAUCCGGCUGUCCUCCACGUUUGCAUCAUUGUUGUCAGUUUAAUUUACUCUGUCUUCCUGGUGGCGCUGGCGAUGGUUGUGAAGGCAGCUCUGGCGCCCGUGGGGAGCGCAGGAGGGGCGCUGAUCGUGACCAUCCCGACGGCAGCCGCAGCUGCGGCAGAUGGCCCGACCGGAACAGGCGCGCAAGGGCGAUCGGACACGACCAGUGCGGCCAUGAGCGGGAGCGGGCGCUGGAACUGGUUCAGGUUGUGUUUCACCUGCGGCUUCUGCCGUCGUAACAAGAAGAAUGGCAGAGAUCAGCCGCCAGGAGGGGGCGGGGGCGGGGGGGGGGGGGCAGAUCCGCGCGGCGGCCCUCCGCUGCCUGCCACUGCCUCCCCCAGCAUUCCCCGUCGCGCAAGAGAAACCACGGGUGAAGCCCAACCCGUCUCUGUCUCCGCCGACAAGCUCCUCCCUUAUAUGCCCUGUUUUUGGUCCUACCCAUCAUUGGUAUUUCUCAUCCAUGAGAGCCUCCAGUGGCUCGCAGUGAUCGUAAACACCAUUGUUAUGUUCUUCAUCGGCUCUGAAUUCAGCUGCCUGAAGAUCCAUUGCGUAACUGACCGCAAACUCCAGAAGUACACUUUCCCUCUCCAUAUUCUCUGCCUGAUCAUCGCGCUGGUAUGUAUGUAUUUCCAUUCACUUUUCGUGAAUUAUGGCAAACAGUUCCAGAAGGCAGGAGAUCGAUUCCUCAGUUUGGCGGGUUCAUCUGGCACGGGGGCCAGCGGCAAGCCAGAAGUCGACGAAGGGGCAGCCGUGAUGUGGGAACUUGAGCAGGACACACUGCGAGCUCGGUUGGUGACAAAAGACGAUGUGCCGUGGAGGCUUCCGCCAUACGUGAGGAGACUAGAUGCCAGCCCUGCGCUGCAGGAGGGCAUGGACACAGAGCUCGACAUCACCCGCCGAGUGGGAACAUCAAGUUGGAGCUGCAGUGAGGGCACCAUGUCGAAGGCAUCGAAAUGGAGUCCUCACUCGACGUGUCCCAUCAAUCUCCUGCCAGCUUCAGCAUCAUCGGAUGGCAGCUGUCAGCAGUUCUUCGUGGCUGAGGUUGGCACGAUCUUGGAACGUGUGGGUGGAGUUGACAUCAGCUUUGACAAAUCCGACGGCUCUCUUGCGUGCGCAUCUCUUGUUGUUGUGCAUGCACAGACUCUCAAGGUUAUGUAUGCCGAUUGUGCCAUUGUCGAAAUGACGCAGCCUUAUAUUCCAGGCUUCCUUGCUUUCAGGGAGUGCCCAGCCUUGAUUUCCUUGCUGGAUCGUGUGGCAGAGGAGCACCCAGCUCUCGCUCCUCAGGUGGUUAUGGUUGAUGGCAAUGGCAUCCUUCAUUCUCGAGGUUUUGGCCUAGCUUGUCAUCUGGGAGUCGUGACGGGGAUACCGACAAUUGGUGUGGGAAAGACAUUCUUCCAUGUAGAUGGCCUGACAGAAAACAGAGUAAAGCGGGACUCCUUGAGGAUGUUGACGGCCCCAGGUGAUUGCUGGCCAUUGAAGGGGCAAAGCGGCCGUGUCUGGGGUGUAGCUCUGCGGGGAAACAAAGACAGCAAGAAUCCUAUAUUUGUGUCCGUUGGCCAUCGCCUCUCCUUGGAGACAGCAGCUGCCCUGGUGCACCAUUUCUGCCAGCACCGCAUUCCUGAACCUAUUCGUCAAGCAGACAUUCGCUCAAGGGAGCAUCUGCGGCAGCACCGUGUCACUCUGCUGCAGCAGUGACGGAGGGAAAUCAGACUCGAUCUGGAGACCGCAGCUCCACAUUGGAAGAUGUGCACAGCAGAAAGGCAAGCCGAGAGCUGCGAUCUUAGAGAGUAAAGCUGUUGCUUUCCUGAAACAGUCCACAACAGCUGCUACCCCUUUGUCCUGCUCUCUGCUCUAUGCUAUUUCAGUCACAUUCCGACAUUGUCAGCGAUGUUAUUGAAUCACCUAUGUGUCUUUUUCACACAUCGCCUGAAAUUAUGGCCUUCCUGAAAGAGUCAACUGCUAGCCCAUUCACAUGUAGUUAAUGGCUAACCCCACUGUCCUUCUCCUGUACCUCAUUUCAGUCACAUCCUAGCAUAGUAUUACGGUACUAUUACGUCAGUUAUGGGUCUUUUUUCACCCAGUGUGUAACUAGGCUCCACCCAUACUUCAGGUGGAAAAAAAGAAAGAGAACAAAUACGCAUUUGGCAA